AUGCAUAUCCCAUCCUUCUGCCAGGCUGCCGCCAUUGGCAUGGCUUUCUAUGCUAUGACCGCCGUAGCUGCUCCCGUGAAUGAGCCUGACGCCACGGACAUUGCAAAGCCCAAUGUGGACAGCAUGCCGGACAUGAGCAACGCGGCUCCUAAGGGCGAUGAUAAAGACGUGCUUUUGACGACAAGUGACGAGAACAAUGGGAUUACUGAGGACCGCAGCCGCAGGUGCCGACGUGACAUAGAUGGCAAACGAAGGGACUGCGACGACUACUACUAUGGCGACGACGAUUAUGGUCGUCGAGGCAGAGGCCGCGGCCGAGGCCGCGGUGACGGUGGCGGAGACUACAACAACCGCGCCGUCCAAAACGAACCAGAGGAGGACGGCAAGGAUCUCGCCAAGCGCCGUGACGAUGGCCCCGACGACGGUGGACGCCGAGGAGACAGAGACCGGGGAAGAGGCCGGGGCAGAGGACGCGGUGGCCGUGGCGGGGACUACGGCCGCGCCGUCCAAGACGAACCGAACAAGGACGCCAAAGAUCUCGGCAAGCGCGGUUACGGCGAUGAUUCGUACCGCCAUCACGGCGACGAUUCGUACGGCUACCAUGGUGAGGAAGACGAGGAGGCUAGGGCGGCGACAAGGGGGGAGGAUAUGGAGGGAGGGGAUGGGCCCCGGCCCUAG